GCUGAGAGCCCGGAAUCCAAGCGUGGCACCUGAGAAGCCCUCCCUCCCGUUACCUGUGUGGAGACCCUGACAGGCAGAGGGGACGUGUGGAGCCUGGACUCGGGGCCAGGUGUCUGGGGGAACAAUUUCUAAGGCCCCACGGCCCCACUAAUAUGAACAACCCUGUGAGCCCGACUUGUGCGUCCGCGGUCCCGCUCUCUUAGUUUCCUGCCUUCUGGGGGGCAAGCUGUGCACCCCUCUCAGCCCGCUCUCCUACCACUCUUCCCCUCCUCCUGCAGGAAGACCUUGGAGCGCCCGGCAGUGUAUUGCUGUGUCUUUGAGAAACUACGGAUACUACAGGAGCUGAGUCCCUGCCUUCCUAUUUCCUGGUCGCGUUUGAGAGUCAACAGCCCGACACAAUGGCAAGUGGAGAUGGUCAGCAAUCACAGGCUCUUACCAAACCUGCUUUCAGUGAGGUACAAGCCUCUGCAUUAGUGGAAUCGAUAUUUGGGUUAAAAGUUUUCAAGGUCCAGCCACUUCCCAGCUACGAUGACCAAAACUUUCAUGUGUACAUUUCAAGAACCAAAGACACUGCAGAUGGCCCAACUGAAUAUGUUCUCAAAAUAAACAACACAGAGUCUAGCAAAAAUCCAGACCUGAUUGAAGUGCAGAGUCACAGCAUCAUGUUUCUGCAAGCAGCUGGAUUUCCAACAGCCUCCAUAUACCACACUAAAGGAGACAACGUAACCUCUCUUAUGUCCGUAGACAAUGGCUCUGAAACCAAAAGUUACUUGGUGAGGCUGAUGACUUAUCUCCCAGGAAGACCCAUAGCUGAGAUUUCCAUCAGUCCCCAGCUAUUAUAUGAAAUUGGAAGACUAGCUGCCAAAUUGGAUAAGACACUGGAGAAAUUCCGUCACCCAAAGUUAAGUGCUCUUCGUCGGGAGAACUUCAUCUGGAAUCUGAAAAAUGUUCCUCUUUUGGAGAAAUACCUAUAUGCCUUGGACCAGAAUCGAAAUCGCAAGAUUGUCGAACAGGUCAUUCAGCUGUUCAAGGAUGAAGUAAUGACCAAACUAAAUCAAUUUCGAGAAUGUAUCAAUCAUGGAGAUCUUAAUGACUAUAACAUUUUAAUAGAGCCCAGCAGCAAUUCAGCUGUUUAUCGAGUAUCUGGGAUUUUAGACUUUAAUGAUAUGAGCUAUGGCUACUAUGUGUUUGAAGUGGCCAUUACCAUCAUGUACAUGAUGAUUGAAAGCAAGGCUCCCAUACAAGUGGGAGGUCAUGUCCUUGCAGGGUUUGAAAGUAUAAUCCCACUGACGGCUGUAGAAAGGGGUGCUUUGUUCCUCCUUGUGUGCAGUCGUUUUUGUCAGUCACUUGUCAUAGCUGCAUACUCUUGCCAACUACAUCCAGAGAACAAAGAAUACCUCAUGAUUAGUGCAAAAACUGGAUGGAAGCACUUACAGCAAAUGUUUGACAUGGGCCAGAAAGCUGUGGAAGAAAUCUGGUUUGAAACAGCCAAGUCCUAUGACUCUGGGAUCUCCUUGUAACUGGUUCAUGUUAACAUCAGUAAUUAGAAACCCAAUAGGAUCAGCUCUAAUUUUGUGAAGGAUUUCCCUAUACAGUUAAAAAUGAAUUGAUGGAACUUAUCAAUUCUGAGCAUGACUAUAAAAAUGAUGUAGUGGGGGUGUUUGACCGCCUCUAACUUCACAAGGAGGGAGGAGAAUCAGCAUCAACAGCCCAGGGCUGAUUCCUGUGAGGUCAAACAUAGCUCCACCCUCCAACCUUUUUACCAGUUCUAACACCAGCCAUCCCUUCCACGGCACUCUACUUCUCUGCUGGGUUCCAUAAUUAAUUGCAAUGGCCACACAGAACUCAAAGACCUAUUAGGGAAGUAACAGGUUAUAAUUCAGGAUACAGUUCUUCAGUCAGGACAGCCUCUUCUCAGCCAUGCCCACAGGCAGGCCUCUCUCUGGCCCUUGGCCCCUCAGCCUGAACUCUGCCCUGCUCAGGCCAAGUGUUUGUUACAAAGCUCUUUAGCUCUGCCGACAAAUGCCCAGAGCACCCCACUCCAUCAGGAAGCCUCCUGCCUGAAGGCAGUCAGGUCUCUUGCUCCAUGGGUCAGCAAGCCUAGCUCCACCAACAAGUGCCUGGAGACACCUCACUCUGCCAGGAAGCCUCCUGUCCAAAGGUGUUCAGCUCUCUUGCUCUGUGGGUCAGCACACCCACUGUUAUCACCCUACUCCUUGGGCCAAGAAACUCACUGCACCAUCUCGCAUCUGUCUCCUGACUUCUUGCCCUAUUUCACUGUCUCUGAUAUUACAGCUCUCUCUUUCUGUCUCCUGGGUUUACUAGGAGGUUCUCAGUGCAGGGACCCUGGUUCUAAAGGACACGCUGCAGUCCUAGCUCUUCUUUCUUGGUGGUAGUGAGAUCGCCCUUCCUGCCUCUGGGAUGGCUCAUUUUAAGUCUUAGUAGGAUGGCAAAACUGACCAAUCUCCUCGUUAGGGUUCCAUAACCUUAUUUGCAUGGCCCCAGCCCCACAAGGGUGCCAUGCACCUUAUUUGUAUAAUUAGCAAGCUGUCCAAUUCCCUCGAUGGGCCACAAACCCCUUAUUUGCAUAGUCCCACCCAGUCAUUUGAUGGAAGUUACAAGACCAUGGCGAAAAGAGCCAUAUAAAAGUGAUCCAUCGCACCGCAAUGGCUAAGCAUAUGAAACCGCUAAGGUCUUCAAGCAAUCUCAUGAUCGUCUUUUCAGUUGAGAAAGUACUACAUGAGCAAGUAUGUCUUCCUGUGAGUCUCACUUGCCUUAUGUAUAAAAUAUGCAUACUGAUAUAAUUUUGUAUCAGAUAAUCUCUUAAGGUCUAUUCUAGCCCUGCGAUCAAUGACUUUUUUAAACUUUGGGAAGAAUACACACACACAAAUUUUAAAUAACUAGGAAUAACACACAUACAGACCUAGCUAACACAUUACCAAUUUUAUGAAGCUGUCUCUGAUCUCUCCUUUCUUUAAAAUCCCAUUGCACUUUGUCUUUUUUAUGGCAUAUUACUUUGCAUAAUGGAUGAUGGCUGGUAGUCAUCUAGCCUGAGAGCUGUUUGAGGGCAGAGACUAUGUAAAACUUAUUUUUGUCUUCCCACACCUGGUAUAGUACCUUUCCCACAGAAGGUUCUUUAAAAAUAUUUACGAAAUGAAUGUUAUAUUAGAAGAAAGGCUAGAGAUGAUAAGGCACACACUAAGACAUCUUAGGGAGGAAUUCAGAUGACAUUCAUAAAAAAUUUUAACUUGCUUGAGAGGAUAAUUGAAACUGGAACUCCAAACAAAGAGGUUGCCAGAGAUAGAUGCUAGAAGGCACCAUUCUGGAACUGCAAGGAAGCAAAUAAAGAUGUCCAGGCAAAGUCACUAAAGCCUGAGGUAUCUAAAUAUAAUGGCUAGCUUUCAGACUGAUGCCAGGGAAGUCCCUAAGUAGGUUUUGUAAACUUUUUUUUUUAAUUUACACUUCUUUUUAUAUGAAUAUGGAGUAGAUUGGUGAACUGUAGCUCACUGUAUACUUAAAUUAUGUCACAAUAUUUCCUUCACUAAUUUCUGGCCAUGUCUUCCUAAGAAUGAUUUAGUCAAUGGCUAUUCUUUUGGUUUUAUCUAUCUAUGCUCUACAGAUAACUCAAGUCUACAGCUUUGGCCAUUCAAACACCCUCUUGGUAAUUAUCUUUUUCAGUAUCUAUGAAGAAGCAUUGAUAUCCUCUCUCUCUUACCCUGUCUGUCUAUACUUCCCAAACUAAGUCUCCUUUUAAUUUCCUUAUACCUUUCAUUGGUACCAUUUGUAACUUAUACUCUAUAUCUCAAUCUCCUUAUCCGUAAAAGUGGGGUAAAAGUAAUACCUAUCUCAUAGGUACUCGUGAAGAUUUCAUAUGAUAGCAAUGCAAAAUGCUUAGCAUAGUGGUUGGCACAUAGUUGUUGUUAGGUGCCAUUGAGUCAAUUUCGAUUCAUAGUGACCCUACGUACAACAGAACAAAACACUGCCUGGUCGUGCACUAUCGUCACAAUUGUUGCUACGUUUGAGCCCAUUCUUGCUGCCACUGUGUCAGGCCAUCUCACCAAGAGUCUUCCUCUUUUUCACUGAUCCUCCACAUUACCAAGUAUGAUGUCCUUCUCCAGAGACUAGUCCCUUCUGAUAACAUGUCCAAAGUAUGUGAGACAAAGCCUUGCCAUUCUUGCUUCCAAGGAGCAAUCUGGCUGUACUCCUUCCAAGACAGAUUUGUUGGUUCUUCUGGCAAUCCGUGGUAUAUUCAAUAUUCGUUGCCAACACCAUAAUUCAAAGGCAUCAAUUCUUCUUCAGUUUUCUUUAUUCAUUGUCCAGCUUUUCUACGUAUAUGAGGCGACUUAAAAUAUCACGGCUUAGGUCAGGUGUACCUGAGUCCUCAAAGUGACAUUUUUGCUUUUCAACACUUUAAAGAGGUCUUUUGCAGCAGAUUUGCCCAAUGCAAUAUGUCAUUUGAUUUCUUGACUGCUGCUUCCAUGGGAGUUGAUUGUGGAUUCAAGUAAAAUGAAAUCCUUGAUUUCAAUAUUUUCUCCAUUUGUUAUGAGGUUGGCACAUAGUUGGGACUCAAUGUUUACUCAAAUAAAUAUUUACUCAACGAAUGAAUCAUAUCCCAAGUCACUCAAACUCAAAAUAUUAAUUUUUUAUUUGCCCUUCUCAAAUUUAAUUAGUGAGCCCUGUUGAUUCUUUGAAUCAUAGAAUUUUAGAUUCUGAAAUUCACAGCAUCAUAGAAAUUCAGAUAAUUCCUGUCUUAUUAAAUCGUAAACACUGUUUAAUAAAAGCUAACAUUUAUUAAGCACUAAGUAUUUUACAUGCACUAUCUCAUUUAAUCUUCACAACAAAUGCAUGAGGGAAGUACUAUUUUGAUUAAUUCGUAUUUCCAGAUAAGCAAAUAGAGGCAUAAAAAGUUGAAGUAAUUUGCUGAAAGAGAGCCAGGGUUUAAGCCAUAGUUCUCUAAUAGAGACCAUGCUCUUAACCACUACAGGGUCCCAUACUGCUUCCUCCCCAGAUUGCCUCCCCAACACACACACACAUACACACUCACACAACUGUGUUAGAGGUGAGAUCAUUUCAUAAGAUCAUUCACAUGAAAGCACUUAAACUCCUCAGAUUUAAGGAAUUGUGUUUUUUGUCUAGCUUGACCAUUCAGGAAAUUGAGGACCAGAAAAAUGGACUGAAACUGUCCACUCUCAGACCAGUGUUCUUUCUCUUAUACCAUGAAACUCUACAGAUUUCCUCCUCAAUUGCUCCUGCUAACAUGGAUUUCCCUCACUGGCUUCCUAAUGGAAAAAUUGUCUAACAUUAUUUUGGUAUUUAAAUACAUGCUGCCUUGCAUUAAUAUUUUACUGUUUAGUGUUUGUUCCAGCUUAGCUCCAAUCAAUCCAUUCCAUGUCAUUUAUAAGCUCUUGGAUGGCAUGAAUCAAAUAAUACUUAUUUCAUAUUAGCUUUAGGACCUAGCACUGGGUCAGGCCCCUAGCCCACCUUCAAUAAAUAUCCGUUGAAUGAACUGCAAGAAUGAAUGCACUUCUGUAAGUGCCAGGGCCCUGGUCCUUUCAACCAAUGAGGAGAAAACCCAGUUCUAAUUUCGAGAAUCAAUAUCAUAUGUCCAGCAAAGACUCUUUGGUCUUUCAAGUGUCUUAUUCUAUUCAGGCUUUUAUCCCCACUGGACUACAUCAGAGCUUUACUUUCUCAUCAUCCUAUCCUUAGUCUCACAAACCCUCUUAUUAGAGACAGAUAAAAAAUCUGGUUACAUAGAUUGCUGUGUUACAAUUUAACCAAAAAUCUAGUGGCUUAAAACCUCAAGCAAUAGCUUAUCUUUCAUGGUUUCUGUAGCUGGUGAAUUCAGAUAGGCCCUGGGACAGCUUGUUUCUUCUGUUCAUAACAUCUGGGGCCUCAGCUGGGAAGUCUUGAAGGCUCGGGGCAAUUUGAUGGCUGAGAAGAGACUAUGACUAUGGACUAGACUAUCUGGAGGCACCUUCACUCACUGUCUGGGAGUUAACGCCGGGACCUCAGCAGGGCUGUCUGCUGAACACCUCUCCAUCUGGUCUCUGCUUCCUCACAGCCAUGGGGUUCUAAGAGCAAUCACCCCAAGAGGACCAGACAGAGCUGUAUCAUCUUUCAAGGCCAAGCCUCAGAAUUCACACACAGAAGUCACUUCUGUUGUAAUCACAGGCUCACCCAGAUUCAGGGCAAGAGAACACAGAACACAUCUCUCAAUGGAGGAACACGUGGGAGGGGAGACUUGAGGCCGUUUUAGAAACUACAAUCUGCCACAUCAUCCUAAAAAUAGUACUUUAAUCCUGUUUUCCCAUAUCUACAGAAAAAAAAAAAAUUCUGGCAUUGAAAGCACUCUACAAUUCAGCCUCGAAUGCUUUUCCUACUUUACUUUCUAUGUUAUACGUGUCCUCCAUUCUGGUCAGACUGACUACUCUGUUACCCAAACUUGUCAGACUCAUGACCUCAACUGGUUCCUUUUCUUUUGACCUAAGAAAUCCUACUUCUCACUUAAUAAUGUUUGCUGAAUUCUGAAAAAUGGACUAAGGUGGCAAAGGCCCUCAGGGAUGCGUAAAUUACACAGCGCCACCUGUCUGGGUGUGGACCUUUGCCACUGCCUUGGCUCACCUCCCUGUGUGCUUGGGAAGCAGAGACGACAGGUGAGACCUCAAAACAUAACUCAUUCCCAGGACACCUCCUUUUUAAAUCCCAGAGCCCCCAAUAAUUUUGCACCUAAUAUGAAGAAGACAAAGUCCCUGCCCCCUAGGUCUCCCCCUGGUGGAGAUUGUGAGCAAAUGACAAUAUACUAAGCCAGGCCGUCAA